GUCUCUCCCGUUGCCGUCUACGACUCUCUGAAAAUUGGGUCUGCGAAUUCCGUCCAUCUCUUGUUGUCUUAUUUCAGGGUUCUGUUCGUUAUGUGAUGAAUGCAGUUUCGUUGAUAUCAUGUCAUGGGAUACAGCACAACCAUUUCUUUUUCUUUUUUUUUUUUUUCGUUUGUGCAGAAGAAUAGACAGCAACAUCAAAGAGCACAAUCUAGCUGUUUUGUUCGUUUUCAUUUUAAGGUUUCAUUUCCUUCCCGAUGAUGAAAAUUUUAGUAAUCAGAAUUUGUGCAUGAAACGCCUGAAAAUGGUGGUGCUCCCUUUUGCAUCUACAGCGGAGGUUGAGGAACCAUGUUUCAUGCCAUGUUGAUGUUAGGCAACUUUUGCUGAGGGAUCCUGUUUCUCCAUAUUAUUCCCUGAUUUUACGAUUUUCCAAUUGAAUCCGUUGUUUCGUUUUACAGUCUGCACUGUAAAACACUUUUUCGUUUUCAAUUUUUCUUCUUCUUCUCUCUCGCCAUGUAGAUAUUAAGCUUUGUUCUCAUCUUUAUGUAAACAUGGUUUCCCCAGUUUCAAUUAAUUAGGUAUGUAUGU